AUGCUUAGCUGUUGUAACUGUUGUACUAUACAAAAUACCCAAUUUGAAACCAAUAUGUUUAAUUUCAUGAAAAAAUCAAAUGUCCUGAUGGGUGACUCCGGUGGAUAUGAGGAAGGGGCUGCGGAAAAGGAGAGACGAAAAAAAGAGAAAAAGGAGAGAAAGGAAAGAGAGAAAAGGGAACGAAUAGCUGCAGGACUUGAGGAACCGUUAAGGCUUGAAGAGGUGCGGAGAUCUUUAAAAUUACGAGGAAGACGCAAAGAAAAAGAAAAGCUGCCAUCCGGCAUCACUGCUGAUUAUACAGCUUCUCUUUUCGCUCAUCUGGAACAAGAUUCCAAUUAUUCCAACUACCCGCUUAUUUCUACCUCCGGAUCUAAUUCCAAUCUUAGCGAUGAAAACAACCAUUUAUCACCAGGUUAUCCAACUCAUAACUGGAAUAAAAAAGAAGGUGUUUUACAAUCUGAUAGUUCGGAAACAUCUUUGAACUCUCUGAACAAUCCAAAUAAUAUAAAUAGUAGCCCUCGGCAAGCACCAAAUCUACCUCCCAUACCACCGCGACCACCAAAACGUGGAAUUCUAAAAGGUACUCGUCUCAGCAAUACUAGUUCUAAUUCGCAAGAAAGCAAUAUCCAAAGUGCUGAUACGAUCGACUACGUAAAUGGCCAAGAUCCAAACGUUUUGGCUCGUAAUACACAGCAAAAUGAAGUUAUAUCUUAUGGUAUCCCGCCUUCAAAGAGUACUUCGUCGAGUGAUGAUAUGCAACACGUACAAAACUUCACUAAAAAAGUAAUUCAUAGUCCUGUGGAAAAUCAGUACAAAAAUUAUAAAAACAACACAAAUUCGUCCAUUAAAACACAAGACAUUGAUGAUACUCCUAAAACGAACGGUAAUAGCUACCUCGGUGUAACUUCAACAUCGCCCAGUGCAGAUUCUCUCACUGAUACUACAACAAAUUCUUCAUUUGCUACACCUCCAUUUUCUACAUCACCUGUUGGUGAAUCUCAAGGCUUCCAUAGAUGGUCUAGGACAAGUACAUUUGAUGAUGUUUAUUUACCUUUACCCUCCAUAAGUCCACUCCAAUUGCCAAAACCAAGGGUGCUAACUAUUCAGCGUCAAAAAGCGCCUAGAAAUGACUUUGGAUUUAGUCUCCGCAGAGCAAUGAUUCAAGAAAGAGUAUUCAUUGGUGAUAUGAAGGAUUUGUCGGGAUAUGAAGAAAAUGGAAUACCAAAUGGUGAUAAUAAAUACAGCGGUACUAAUGUUAUUAUUAGCAAGUUAACUCACAAGGCCGUGAUACUAGCUGAGCCCGGUUCUUAUCCUGGAGCAAGUGAAACUGGAUUGCUACCCGGAGACAGACUUAUUGAAGUUAAUGGUGUCAAUGUUGAAGGAAAAAGUAGAGAAGAAGUGAUUGAUCUGAUUAAAAGUAGUCAAGAUUCUGUUACUCUUAAGGUGCAACCAAUAGCGGAGUUAUGCGAGCUGUCGCGCCGCCGCGCCGCGGACGGUGGAGUUGAAGUGGAACUGUCUGAUAGUAAUGUGAGAGGAGGGACUUUGAGUCGGUCUGGGAGUAGACGCUUCACCAGUACUCAGGUUCGUUUGAAGGUCAAAGAGGGUGAAAACCGCGAU